GAAAUGCUGCACGCUUGUGUUACAGUGUGAGGUGUCCGUCUUAAAGCAGAGUCAUGGCAGCCUCAGAUCUCUUUAAAACUUUAUUAUACACAAUCAACAAUCUCCUGCAACAACACAAAUAUAAAACUGCUCUGGCAGUCGUCAAAGGCUUCAGGAAUGGUGCUGUAUAUGGGGCUAAAAUUCGUGCUCCUCACGCCCUAGUGAUGACGUUUCUCUUCAGAAGUGGCAGCCUGAGAGAGAAGUUUAGAGCGAUCGCACAGGCCACGUACACUCACUCCAGGAAUCUAGCCUGCUUUGUGUUCACAUAUAAAGGCCUGCAGGCACUCCAGCAGCACUUACAGGGGAAACAACUGCAGUCUCACUCCUUUCUUGCCGCGUGUCUUGGAGGCUGGCUGGUGUUUGGAGAAAAUAACAACAUUAACAGCCAGAUAAACAUGUACCUGCUGUCCAGGAUUCUCUUUGCCUUGUCUCGACUAGCAGUGGAAAAGGGCUUCAUCCCGCAGCCCAAGAAAGACCCGUUCCCUUUGUUUGCCACGCUGGUAUGGGGGAUCGUGCUCUGGUUGUUUGAGUAUCACCCUCAUACGCUUCAGCCCUCCCUCCAGUCCUCCAUGAACUACCUCUACCAUGACAGCAACACAUGGCAUGAUAUUUCAGACUUUCUCAUCUAUAACAAACCCAAAACCAACUGAGGUACCUGCAGGGACAGAUCUGGACUCCUGCAUUCAACGAUAGAAUCUAGCCAAAAUAACAAACCACUUUAGAGUUUUGGUUUCUUUUUAUUUUUCAUUUGAUUGAAGGGUUUAAUUACUAUACCAUUAUUUGUGGCACAUAUAGAAAUCUAACCUUGACUGAUCUCAAAACAGUUCUCUAACCUUACCUGGUUAGAGGUUGUACUAAAUGACUUUUUUGCACAUCAUCUAGACUGUAACAGAUUAUAUUUGCUCCACUUUUACUAUCAGCUGUACUUGCACUUCAUGAUAACUUUGAUAAACCAACGUGUAAGCACAGAAACAGAACAUGUUUAUGAAUUUCUCCCAAAAAUUUGCUUUAUGAAGUACAUGAGGACCAUGAAGAUUUUAUGCAUUGUGACAUUAUGUCCAGUGGCAUAGCGGACGGGCACGCAGGGCAUGCACUGCGGCGGGGCCCCUGCGAUAACCCACCCAGGUCAACAGACAAUGAUCAUGUAUCUACGAUAGCCAGAGAUAUUGUCAAAAGCAUCAAAUAUUGGCAAUAUUAAGUGGAUUUGGCAUUUCCAAUUAAUGUAGGCCUGUUACAUUCUUCUAGUCCAGUGGUUCCCAAACUUUUUAGAGUGGAGUACCCCCUGAGGCAUUUACCAUCCUUCUGCGUACCCCCUCUCUUCCUCUUAGACUGCACCUUUUCCAUUAAGGAACAAUAUUUGCCCCCUAAAUUGACUUUCCAGUGCAUUUUUUUUUUUUUUUUUUUAUCUUUAUAAGUACCUUUACAACAUUAAUAAUGUUUUAAAUAAUAAUAAUAAUAAAAAGUUCAAUAGAGAAAAAUGCAAUGAUAAAACUUGAAAAGUGAUUGUUUUAAAUACUAAAACCGCCAAUGGAUGGCGGUAAGUCAUAAUGCAUGAGUUAUCGAGUCGUUCGUUCAACGAAGGAAGUGGCUGUAUUUAUGAAUGAAUCAUUGAAUCACGAACAAUUCGUUCAAAGCCGCAGAUUCGUUCACGGAACACCGUUGUGUUGUAGUUGUGCUGUGGCUUUCGUUGGAGCUAUUUCGUUGCAAAAUAGAGCAAAUACUGACAAUAUUGUGAAGAACAUCACUUAAUAUUACCCUUUUAUUUGUUGAAAUGUUGUAUAAUAUCAAUAUCACAUUUGCAAUCGUUAAUGUUUAUUUGCUCGUAUAACAUUAUCAAUAUUAAAAACAAGAACUCACAAAAGGUAUGUUUUGUAUCAAGAGUUUGAAUCUUAAAUUGAUCUCUAUGCACCUUUUGUGCCGGGCUAUUUGUUCAAGUGCUAGAACGGCAGUAAUGUAGCAUGAUUUGCUCAGGCAGCAGACUCUGCACGCAACAUAUGCACCCAUAUGCGCGCUGCUUAUGUGGAAAUGGACGCUGUCAGAUUUGACCGCAAAAGAUAUGGUAUUUUGAUUGGAUGUAUUUAUGUAGUCAUGCAUUUACGGCAUUGUGCCUGUUAGAAAAUAUAUGGUCGGCUUUAAUAUUAUUUUAAGGUGGGGAAGAAUUAAAUGAAUUACCCCCUCUGUCACCUCACGUACCCCCAGUAGUGGCGAGCAGUGGUGUUCUGAAAUGAGGAAGCAAUUUUUUCAUUUAUUUAUGAAUCAAUGUAAAUUCAUGUGCAUUACUCUUAACGUUGACACAUCUUCCUUGUUAAAUGAACAUUACUUUACAUUACAUCAAAAAAGAAAAAAAGACACCAAAUACAAUUCUAUUUUGUAAUUUUACAUUAACAAUGUAUUGUAAUAAAUGUUCUAUUUAUCAAAACCAAGUCAAUCUCAUCAAGUUAGUGUUUUAAGCAUUUCUACAUUCAUUCCAAAAUAAUUACUAAAGGCAAUAAUAAUUUAAACAAUAUAUUUUAUUUGUGUAUUGAUGUUUUUCUUUUUAAUAGUCAACUUAGGCUAUUUUGGAUUAUCAGUCGUGCUCCGUAAACACCGUCUGUCAGAGACACAAAUUGUAUUUUUAAUUUCACCAAGCUGAUUGGACUAAAAAACCCCGCAGUCAUCGUGUUUUCAUUUUGAUUUUGACGUGACAUAAAGCAGUGAUAUCUAACUGGGUGAUCUGUUGACUUACUUUUCAAUUAGUCUUCCCAUUGACGCCAUCAUUUGUUCAUUCAAACUGACGCGCGGAACGUGCACGUAAACAAGAGGCGGGAUUUAUCGCACAAACCAAUCAUAUCCAAUCAUAACCAAUUACAUCCAAUCAUAGCGCGAUGGAGACAUUGCCUCCUCUCACGUGACUUUCUCCCAUUCAUUCUCAAUUACCCCCCACAAAACCCACCGUACGCCGGGGGUCUGAUGGUUUUCUAUGGUUUCCUAUGAGAGCAAAGGGAGGCAUGACUCCUGCUGUAACUUUACCUGCGGGUGUCUGUUGGGCAGUGUUCCUUAAGAAAUACGAGUAACUUGCGGUCUUUUUAAUGUCAUAAUUUGUAAUAUUUGUGUUGUUUUAUAUGUAAUACGGAUUAUUUUCUCAUUCUAUUUUUUUUUUGAGGAGGCACUGCCUCCCUUGCCUCCUCGGAAGAAACGCCCCUGCCCCAGGGGUACGCGUACCCAAGUUUGGGAACCGCUGUUCUAGUCUAUUAUUAUUACUAUUAGGUUAGGCUACUUUUAUUAUUAAAUUAAUAUUAUAAUAAAUUUGCCCUGCAAUAAUUUCAUAGCGCAUCACUGCAUAGGCCUAACUGACGUUCUGUGAGGAUAAUAAAAGAUUAGGCUAUUAGCUCAUCUUUGAAAUUUUCCUCGCAUUUUACUUUUGAGUUUUCCUGUAAUUCCUUUUAUUAUCAUUGCUAGUUAGUUUCUCUCAUAGGCGUAAUUUACAGGUGGGACAUGUCCCCACCACUUUUUACCAGGGUCGAUUGUCCCCACCACUUUUUACCUCUCGCGGCACAGAGUUUUUUCUUCGCGCUCGUGCACGGUGCGCAGUCGUCACACGGACGAGCGCUUCAAUCUAUCGCUUAACCGUGCGUUCACACCAACGACGGUGAGAGCGUCAAAGUGACAGGAAGUCAUUCAUUUUCAAUGUGAUCCGGCGGCGAGCUCUGGCGAGAGCGGCGCGUCUUGGACGGUGAGAGCGUCGAGGAGAGUUGAAAUCACAGGGGUCGGUUGCAUAAACCACUUAGACUAGUCGUAAAAGUUAAGACACUAAUGUUUUUCUUGAAGAGUGGUCCUAAUUUUUUAAAGUCCGUUACAUAAAAAGGUAGAUUGGUGUAAUUUGAAUUAGAAAAAAUAACAUUGAUUACCCCUUGGUUAACUGCAAGUUGGUCAAACUAGUUCUUAAGACAGUCUUAAUAUAGUGACUGUUACUAAGUUUAUGCAACUGGCCACUGGUCAACUUUAUGGUAAUGAGCUAUGACGCGGCUCAGCGGCAACCAAUCGGAAUGUAGAGGUCCUCGCUUGAGAGGAUUGAAUGCACAGUACAGCGUUGUUGGCAGGGCAGCCAAGGCUAAUUUUGACGCCAUCGCCGGCGGCGGUUUGAACGCACAUUACGGCGUUGUUGGCAGGGCAGCCAAGGCUAAUUUUGAAGCCAUCGCCGGCGGCGGUGUGAACGCACAGUAACGCUGUUGCGGCCAGAGACUCUAUUCGUUCCGGUGAAAUCACAAACAAAAUGCACAUAAACAUGUCCCUGCUCUUGAUAAGCAAUCACUGACAGAACAUCUUUGGUUUUAAUGAGAAAAAAAUAAAAAAUAACACGAGGGCGGAUUAGAACCCAGAACCUCUGGCACGCUGAAUGAAAAGUUUACCCCUCAUCUAUCAGGACAGUCUAGUAUUGCAGGCGGAUGAAGGACAGGUAUUUAUUGACUAAUGUAAAUACUUUUGCAACUAACCACAUAUUGUUUUAUAGUAGAUGUAAGGACGAAACUAUCAUAUUAACAUGAGGUCUAUGUCAUUAAAUAUUGUGCAUUUAUUAUUAUAAUGAUACAAUCACAAUUCCCCCCCGACACACAAACAUUCUUUUUUUUUUUUUUUUUUUUUUUAUAAAUUAUUAUUUCAACUUUCAGGAAAACAUACAAUGACAUUUAACAUAAAAAAACAAACAACCAAACAAAAAUUGGGGAUACACAUAACAGAUUUUAUGAUACAGGGUAGAGCAUUAAAUGGCACAUAUUCCUGUCCCACCCACUUUUUAAAACAAAGUUACGCCACUGGUUUCUGUGGUAACAUUUUGCAAUAAAGUUUCAUCAGUUAACAUUAGUUCUAAUAAUGAACAAUACUUCUAAAGCAUUUAUUAAUCUCAAAGUUAACCCUAACAUUUACUUUUUAAGAUAAAAAGUUGCAUCAGUUAACAUUAGCUAGUUAAUGCACUGUGAGCUAACAUGAACAUUUUUAUUAACUAACAUUAACAAAGGUUAUUAAAUGCUGUAAGAAUAUAUUUCUCAUUGUUAGUUCAUGUUAGUUAUUGAAUUAACUAAUGUUAACAAAUGAGACCUUAUUGUAAAGUGUUAUUGUUUCUGAUAGUACAAGAAAUACUGCCAUGAUGUGUAAAUAAUUCAUUUAAAAACAUAAAAUCCUUUCAAACAAAUCCUAUUUUUGCAUCAUGGUAAUGAGGAUUGUGAAUCAUGAAACCUGUCAAAACUUUAAAUUGUUUGUUUUUAGGGUGAAAUAUGACCCGGGAAUGUUUUGGUACUGUUUUGUUAAACAGCACUUUUUGGUGUCAUAUUACAUAAAACUUAACACAACAAUCACAGUCCUUAAAACAAAAUAAUGACAAUAUAUUCAUACAUUUUUUAUUAUAAAUAAUUAGUCAUGUGGGUCCAUAGUUUCUUCCUGGUUUUCACCACAGUGAGAAAGUGAUUUAUAUAUUUUAUUCUUCUGCUGAUUGCAAAACUUUUAAUAAUUGAAAUGCAAGAGCCAGUAUAAGCAACAAUUUAGUAAGUUGAAAGAGUAAUUUUUUUCCCAUGUGUUCUCUUGGUGUAGAUUUAAUGGAAGAAUGUAUCUAUUAAUUGAUUAAAUACUGUACCAGAAUAUAUGUGAAUCGUUAAUAAUGUUUGAAAUAUGUAGAUAUUAUCCAUAGUUUGCCAUAUGUAUUAAAACUGUAUGAAAUGAA